AGGGAAAGGAAAUGAUCAAUCAUAUGAGUUUUCUUGUCAUCGGAAGCGUGGCAGUUCUGUUGCUGAUUUGCAACGACCGAACAACCCAAGCAAACCCAGUGCCAGCCAGAAUUUUGGGAAAAUAUGUCCUUUCGUAUCAACCGCCGGGAACUAGUGGGAGGGAUGCGUCUCCUCACCUGGACGAUCCUUCGGAUCAGGAUGUGGAAACGAAUGGAUUGGACAGUGGAGAGCACGAAGUGGACGACAAUGAGCAUAACCGCUAUCGGUAUCAGCAGCAAUAUUAUCAAGCACAACAACAACACCAACAGCAGCAACAGUUCCAGCACCAGGAGCAGCAGCAGCACCAGCAACAGUUCCAACAACCACAGUAUGAGGAGCCUGAUUCACGUGAGGAUGAAACCGAUGAUGCGGAAGACUCGGAAGCGGCCGGUGCCACCCAUCACCACAUGACGACCUACAUCCGGCACCACGGAGGUGGUACGCGUCAUCACCACCAGCAUCAGCAUCAUCAGCACAAUCACUACCCCUCCGUCGACUCCGCAAGUGAGGAGGAAGAGGAUACGAGCGCCAGCGAAGAGUCUCCCAGCGUGUACGAGCCAAUACGGGCGUACAAGAAGGGCAAGAAGCCCAAGCCUUCCUCCUCCUCGUCCUCGGCCACAACCUACGGUGGCACCAAUCCCCACAGUCAUCACUAUCACACGCACCAUCAGCAACAGCAGCAUCAUCAUCAUCAUCAUCAUCAUUCGAGCUACUCGGCACCAAAGGGUGCCGCUUCAUCCUCAGUCUACCACCAUCCGCAACUCAUUCAUGCGUACCAGAUCCUGCACGGUAGUGGGCAUGGCGGUGGUGGUGGUGGUGUCCGCCAGCUGCCCACCUCCCACGAGUAUGGCGUCGGAGAUGAAAGAACCAGCAGUGAGGAGCAGGACGAGGAUGAUGACGACGAUUCCGACGAAGAUUUCCACAGUGGAGCAGCCAUCGGAGCGGCAGCAGGAACCGGAGGUUAUGGUCAUCAUGGGUAUGGCGUAGGCACCGGACCGACGGUCAUUCACACGAAAGGCCGCACGAUACCGAUCAGCCAGCACGUCGAGAUCGAAACACCGGUCGCGGUACCGUACGUGAAGAAGAUCCACGUGCCGAUACCGCAGGAGGUGAAGGUGCGGAUCCCCCAUCCGGUGCUGGUACCGAUCCCACGGCCCUACCCGGUCCACAUACCCGUCUCGCAGCCGGUGGCCGUUCCGGACAUCAAGGAGAUCACGGUACCGAUCGAACGGGUUGUGCCGUAUCCGGUGGAGAAGAAGAUCCCGGUACCGAUCGAGAAGCCGGUUCCGUACCCGGUCGAGAAGCACGUUCCGGUCUACCUUCCCCAACCGAUCCCCGUCCGGGUGCCGAUCGUCAAGACGAUCAUCCACAAGGUGAAACAGCAGACGGCCAGUGGACCGGCACCGCCACCGGGCAGCGGCAGUGGUGGUGGUGGUUUCUGGUGA